AUGGCGCCCCUUAGGUCCUCAGUGUCGCUGUGGGGCUUCCUGGCCUGUUCUCGGAGCGCUGAGUUUGUGGGGUUCCGUUCCCAAACCCGGCUCCGACCCAACGCCCUGCCGCAGCCGCGACGCGGACUCUGCGGGGCUGGACCGCCAUGCCGCCGGCUCGCCUCCACGGCUGCAGAAUCUGGUGACUCCAGGAUGAAGAAGCCUACAUUUACGGAUGAGGAAGUUCAAAGCAUACUCACCAAGAUGACAGGUUUGGAUUUACAGAAGAUUUUUAAGCCAGCUGUACAGGAACUGAAGCCCCCAACCUACAAGGUCAUGACCCAGGAACAGUUGGAAGAGGCUACCAGAAAGGCCGUGGAAGCAGCUAAAAUAAGAUUGAAAAUGCCUCCAGUUCUGGAAGAGCGCACACCGAUAAAUGAUGUGUUAGCUGAAGAUAAGAUUCUGGAAGGAACAGAAGCAAACAAACACGUGUUUACAGAUAUAUCAUAUAGUGUACCACACCGGGAGCGUUUUAUUGUCGUCAGAGAACCGAGUGGCACACUACGCAAAGCCUCUUGGGAAGAGCGGGACCGGAUGAUCCAAAUUUAUUUCCCAAAAGAAGGUCGUAGAAUUUUGACACCAAUAAUUUUCAAGGACGAAAAUCUCCAGACCAUGUACACACACGACCGGCAUGCUGAUGUCCUCAACCUCUGCGUUGCCCAGUUUGAGCCAGACUCGGCGGAGUAUAUCNAGGUUCAUCAUCAAACCUACGAAGAUAUAGAUAAACAUGGAAAAUAUGACCUUUUACGUUCAACAAGGCACUUUGGCGGGAUGGCUUGGUAUUUUGUCAAUAAAAAAAAGAUUGAUGGCCUGCUGGUUGACCAGAUCCAGAGAGAUUUGGUUGAUGACGCUGCCAGCCUGGUCCAGCUGUAUCACAUGGUCCAUCCAGGUGGCCAGUCAGCUCAAGAGGCCAAAGAGCAGGCUGCUGAGGGAAUAAACUUAGUUAAGGUUUUUGCAAAAACAGAAGCACAGAAUGGAGCAUAUUUAGAAUUAACACUGCAGGCUUAUCAAGAUGCAUUCGUUAGCCAUUCCACAGCUUCAUAAAAACAUUUUAAAAGAAAAUUUUAUUAAUUCCUAUUAAGAUUUCUCUUUGUUAAUCUUGAACCAAAUGCUUAUAAAUGUCCAUAAGAAAAGGUACUGAUGUGUACAGUUUAAUUCUAAAUUCUGGAUAGAUCUCCUAAAGAAAUACAAAGAGAAUGGGUUACUUUACCCCUUUCACAGACUGGAAAAUACACCGUGGGCCUAGGUGUGGAUUUCUCCUGUUCGAUAACUGUGCUGCCAAUCCGGCCAGUAAGGGGUGUGGAUGGCGCGGCGGCAGCUGGCCGUCCGUACUGGUUCCAGGAGUGGGGAGCUUUGGGCUAACGCGGGGCCUGCUGUUGGAACCCACGGCAGCCAUGCUGCAGAGGCUGAGGCUUGGAGAACGGCAGCAUGGGUGUCAGUCCUCAGACAGACAGAUGGACGUGAUGAUGGUACAAAGGAAAGAGUCUCGGCUGAUCCUGGCUGCAGUGAGGUGUCUCUCUGACUCAGUAGCCGAAAUCAGUGUGUUUCAUAUUAAAACCAAAACCUAUUUUCAUCAUUCAGAAAAGAAGCAGAGCACCUUCAUUAAUUCAAAAGAUUUUAUGAGACAAGAUGGCAUGAGAGUAUGAAAAAAAUCAGAGCCCACGUCUGCUUUAGUUAAGCAGGGAAAUGUGGGGAUUCAGAAGCUGCGCGAGGAACCCCGGUACACGAGGAGGGCACUCCGCGCCCAGCGCUCCACAGCUGCUACGUGCGAAAAUCUGAGGCAUUUGUCAUAGGUCAUAGUCCAAUGCACUGUGGCCAGGUCAAGAUCAAGGUGGUAAUACAUUGUUCGUCAGGUGUGGGGAACACUACGUUCAAUCACACAAAAUCUCUUCAUCCAGGUUGAUAUCAGUUGUGUCAAGAUCUUCCAAGUCCAAAUUAUCCGAAUCUACUUCCAGUUCAAAUAAACUCUGCAAGGAAAAGAG